GUUUGUAGCAAUUCCGAUUGAUUCCAUUUUGUGACUUGCCUUCCUGGGCUAUCCCCUGUUAUCCCCAGUAGUAAGUAAUCACCAUGGCUCUAGAUGUUGCGCUAUCGGCUCUUUUCAAAAUCAAACCCCUGAACCGCCGGUUCAUCCAAACCGGUUACCCUCCUCCUUCUCACCUCCGUCAAACCGCUCGGCUUUCAAUUCACUCGUUUCCUCGCCGGAAAACCAAUUCCUGUACCAUUUCGGCCGUUUUGGAAACUGUUGAGACUGCGGUGACGGACUCAAAUGCUCCGCCUGUGAGAAUAGUCGCCCUCGUCGGAGAAGGCAGCGUCAGCCCUUUGAAAUCUGCUCCCUGGGUUGAGGUUAUGCUUCACACUGCAAAAAGAUUGAAAUGGGUUGACGAAGAAUUUGAAAUGCUGGUAUUUACUGACAACCUCUAUCAAUCUGAUGAUCAAACAGUUGAAAAGCUGCAGAGGGAAUUAAGCUGUGCAAAUAUUUUGGUGAUUGUUGCUGUUACAAAUGAAGAACCAGUUAAGUGGAUUCAGAUCAAUACCCAAAACAUCCCAAACAUAGUCUGCUUUGACUCCUCUCCAUCAUUAACGAACAAACUAGGAGGUACAUAUGUUCAAAGUAAAAGCAAAGGAAACAUAUUCAGCAAAGUAGCUGAAAUUUCAAAAUCAAAGAAAAUAAAUGAAUCAGUAGAAAUAGUCCAAACUGUAUCUGAGGCUUGGGACAGGCAUAAUUCUGAUGAUAUAAGGUUCUGUUUGUUAGUUAUAGUCAAUGCUUAUAUAAAGCCAGUUCCGGUCCUGAAGAACCUGAGAGCAAAGGGUUUUUCUACCUUGAACUGUAUGGUGAAGAACUGCGGGACUCAAAUACUGAACUGUCUCUUGGAUCCUAACUGUAGGAAAGCUCUUCAAUGCUUGAAUCAGUGUAGUCCAGUAGAUCAGGUAUGUAAUUAUCGCUGUAUUGCUUCGUAUGAAAGUUCAAUCCUAGAAGAAUUCUCUCUUUGUGUACUACAGAAGCAUAAUUGUCUUGAAUUGGAUGCAAAGAUCCCUGAAAAGCCUUAUGUGCCACCUAUGGUUAAGUUUCGUGGGGAGAACUUGUGUCAUGAAACUGCAGAGGAUCUUUUUGUUGGUUGGAUGGGGAACCUGGAAUGGAGUUGGCGUGUUGUAGCAGGGCAGAACCCAGCUUAUGAUCAAUUUCCAUGCCAGUUCCAGCUAUUUUAUAGGGGAAAGGCAAGAGGAUCAUUUUGGUAUGAGCCAGUUUUUCAGGUUAAAACGUUUGAGGGGAAGUUGGUUUGGAGGCGGCGAAAAUAUAGAGUUAAGAGAGGUAAAAUUCCAGGGACAUUUUCUUUCAGUGUCUUGGACAAUGGGGUGGUUUCAAAUGAGUUUUGGACAAUUGUGGAUGUUUCUGAUGAUUUUAGCUGGGGCUUGUUUCAUUACAGUGGCGCUGCUCGAGCUGCAGGGCAGUCUUAUACUGGGGCGGUGCUUGUUAGCCGUAAUGGGGAGUACCCAAAUGAAAUGGAGAGACAAAGAUUGGUUGCUGCAUUAGAUAGAUGUGCUAUCAAAGAGUGGGAGCUAUUUACUGUUGAUAAUUGUUCAUGUCAAGAUCCACCAUUAGGGCUUCCAGACGGAUCAAGUCUGCAUAGUAAGGUUGGAGUUGCAGUUCAUAAAUGAUCCAAUCUCAAAAUGUCUGAAAAUGAGUUUAAAUUUUAUGGUUGGUAGAUGAACUGGGAACAAAGCUUGGUGUGUGGAUUGGUGAAUCAUAGUGACAGUUGAGACGUGUAUGAACCGGACAGUACUAGUUAUUAAAAUGUUAUAUAUUGUUGUAAUACGGAGUUUGUCGUUGCCAUUCACCAGAAAACUCAACACCUGAGGCUCAACUUUCUACUUUUCACUCUCUUCAAAUUCGAGGGCUAUGUAUUAAUACAAUCUGUAAAUUGGUUCUUUUAGUAUAUCCAUCAUGUAGGUUUGAGUUAUAGCCAUAAUGGAAAUUUGAAUGAGACAUACUUGUCUGAUCUGGAAUAAUGCAGGACCAUUGAAAUAUGUAUGGAAUUGAAACAUUGAAUUAUGAUUCCUUCAUUUACUCCGUUUUACUGCCAUGAAUAUCAUUCUGUUUCCAACUC